UAACAGAGUACGAGAAACUUGUUGAUGUUGACUUAACUUGCUAAAGUAAAUUGAUUUUUUAUUGUGCUCUGCAGCGAAUUGUUGUUUAAAAGCCAAAAUUCUGUUUUCGCGAAAUUCUAACAGUUUGACUUCAUACACAGUUACUAAAUAUCGAUAUAAAUAGUUUUUAUCAACACGAAUACCUAUAUUUUUAUUUUCACAAAAAUUGUCAAAAAAUUGUCUUAACGCGAGUUUGAAAGAUGGAGUCUAUUAGACCUUUACUUGGAAUAAAGCAAGAAUGUGACAAUGUGUCAUCAAAUGAAGGUUAUAUAGAUAGUCAUGAUUGGUAUAUCAUGACAAGUCCAUUUAAUAAUCAAGAUAUUAAAAAUAUUUUCCCGAACGAAAGUUUUGUUCACGGGCCACAACUUGCAAAUUUUUCUGCAGUAUCACAGUUUACAUUCAAAGACGAGAUAAUAAUCGAUUUUGAAUGCGAGGAUGUCAAGCCUGGUAUAGAAUUUUUGCGCCCAAAAAUCUCCGACUUUAACUCUACAAAUGACUCAAAUAAUGUGAGAGUUGAAAAGUACAAGCGGCCAAGCAAUAUUGUUGAAGAUGAACAAGUGAGAGUAAAGAAAAAAACGAUUCUACGCGCUAAUGAAAAAAAUGAAACUUGUAAAUGCGAGAGACGUCGAAAGAGCGAUGGGCGAAGAGUUGUUGCGAAAAAAGGCGAUAGUGUGGUGCCAAAUAAAAUCAAGCCACACAAGUGUAAAAAAUGUCAAAAGAAAUUUGGAAAGAAGGAUGCUCUGAAAAUUCACUUUAGCUUGGUACAUGGUCAUGUCAAAUUCGAAUGUGACAUAUGCAAAAAAGAAUUCAAUGAUAAAAGUAAUCUUAAAAACCACAUUCACAACGUGCAUAUUCGUUUAAAAUCCCACAAAUGUGAUGAAUGUGAUAAAUCGUUUGGUGGGAAAGGCGAUCUCAAAAAACAUAUCGAUAGGAUUCAUAACUGCAGCAAACCUCAUAAAUGUAAAGUAUGUAAAAAAUCUUUCUUCAAAAGGAAUGAUUUAACAAAACAUGUUGAUUCGGUACAUACCAAUAAGAGUCGCGUUAUUUGUGAUAUGUGUAAAAAAUCGCUAAGUCGAAAAGAUAGUCUAAGAAAUCACAUAAAAAAUCAACAUAAUAAAAAUAAGAAGUUGAACUAG